UUUUGCUUCCGGUGUUUCUGGACCAGGAAACGCGUCAUAGCUUGUGAAAUAUUUGUCUGAAAAAAAGGCUGCGUCGAGGAUUUGAACCGUCGAUACGUGAAUUACGAAUCUGCCGCCUUAACCAUCUGAGCUAGGCGAGGCUUUGAGCUAUGAACGUUUAGCAGUUCAAGUAUUGUUAGAAUGUGGGGGGGAGCGCGAUUGCAGGGGCGUAGAGGGUAGCAGUAGGAGCGGGAGAUACCCCUAGGCCGUAUAAGCUAUUUCGUAGGAGCGGGAGCUACUCCUAUUAUGUUUUUAGAAAAAGCGCGUAAUUGAAAGAGGAAACUGCAAUCUCGCUUGCAGUGAUAACAUUUAUAAAUAGGCGCGCUUUACAUUUCUAUAUUGAGAAAGCGCGCAAGAUUAUUAUAGGCGUAUUAACCUUUAAUAAUAGGUAAUGGUGGAUCGCUGUAGAGGUAGUAGAAGAAAUAUUUCACAGGAUCAUCAAUAAUGGUUGGCGCAGCUAACCCUACCUGCGACGUAGGUUUUAGUAACAGCGCGCGAAAUUUAGUUGUUUGUUAUUAUAAUUAGGAUGGGAAGCUGCAAUCUCGCAAUAGUGUUUAUUUAUAGCAGCUAUGAUAAGACGCUUAAAUCGUGUGCGAAAAAUAAUUUUUCAUAUUGCUAACUAGAAAGGAAAUGAGCUUAUCUUCUUUAUGCUUUAUUUUUAGACGCAUUAUUCUAAUAUUACAUUCUAAUAUGACAUUGGUUUUCGAAUAUGCUUUGACGAAAUACAAUCAUUACAAUAAAUCAUUAGCGGAGCGGGUCCAUCGAUGUGAGUGCGCUGCCACGGCUGGUUCCAAUGUUUCUUACAUCGUAUUCGAUUACGUAAUUCACAGUCUCUUUGCAAUACGUUGGGGAUCUUGAUCCAUAUUUUCAAUAAUUCCUCUACACUUAAACUUAACAAUUCGCUCUUGGUUCGAAUAUAAUUAGACUCCUUUUGAGCCUCUCGCUGAGCGAUGUUGGCAAGUAUUCGAUCCAUUAGAGUUCGAUAUGAGGAUUUAACGCAAUGAUUUUUAGCAUUACCUCGUUCUCAGUUUUAUACCUAUACCUUUAAGAUACACUGCGCAUGAUGGAUUUCUUUUAACCCCCUCCAAAGUAGUUUUAAGAGAAGGUAUAAAAGCAAUAAGAAAGUAAGAAAUCGAUUUAUAUCGAGAUGAGUGCACAAAUACAACAAGAAUCGCAAGAUUCAUGGGGUAGCGAAGAUGAUGAUGAUGCAAAGUCAUCGCUUUCGGUAGAUAAAUUAUCGGUGAAUGAAUCCUCGAAAGAGGAGCAAGGAAAGGAAACCUUAAUAUCCGCAUGGUCGCUAUUCUUAGACGGAGGCAUUAUUCUCGAAGUUGGCGUUACACUGGACGAGUACUUUUUCGAUUCCAUCGUGCAAAUAUCAUGUCCUCCGCAUUAUGAAGACCAGUAUUUACAAUUUGAGAGUUGCGAAUGGAAAGAAAUAUUCAAUUUUAAAACGGAACACUUAAUUAAACAUAUGGUGCAGUGUACGCCUAAAAGAAGGAGCAAGCAUGAAAUUUUUACCCAGUCCAAAAUAAUAAUACUUGAAGCGGAAGAAGAAGAAGGCGUUAGAUGUAUUCGAAUAAGCGAAUCAGAUAAAUCUAUACUAUUUUCCAAGCAAGCAGUCGAUAUGAUAUUUAACGCUUCCGAAGUGAUUACUCAAAAACUGAAUGUCGUCAAUCACUAUGCGAUGUAUUGUCUUUAUGAUGACUUUACGCGUGAGUUGGCAAAAAUUCUACAUACCGAAGGUGUUACUAGCGAAGAGAGCAUUUUAUCCAGAGCGAAAAUCAUAUGCCAAAAUCUCAAAUUCUUAACAUCGCUAUGCAGUUGGAAGGAAAAGUAUGAUAAUUUGCAAGACUUUACUCUUCUAACAGAAAUUGUAAACAUUCACCCUCGAAAAUUUAUAAAUACGGUUGUUAGUAAAAUUAGCAUGUUAAAAUAAAUAAUUUUAUAGCGUAAAAAAUGCUUUUUAUUUAUUCAUACGUAUCGAUACACAACAACUUAUUAUCCACCUAAUGCCGCAUAUACAAUUCAAUUUGUUUAUCAAACUUUAAAAGUUUAGCUAAUACAUUAUAUAAUUGCUCCAAUACGCCUUUAUUAGCACAAUGAAUAUUGAAUAAGGAUAGAUCAAUGUCGCCUGAGUGAAUUACACGACCUGUAUAUUCACUAUAUUUAUGAAAUUUAUUUCCGGUGAUAAAGUAUAGGUAUCCAUCCAUGUAUUUAAAUAUAGAAGUUAUCUUAACCGGAAUAUCUGGAAAGGUUUCCGCAUAUAUUAAGCGAUUUUUAGGUCGAUUACUACAAUCAUCCAAAUCUAGCAGUUCAUUUGUACCAUGAUAAAUAAGCGUGCGUCCGGUAUAGGUGUUAACUGCAGCAUUCACUUUAUGGCUGUUGGGAAUUGUGAAGUGGCUAUAAGGCUGAGGCCAUCCUGGUAGCAGUUGCAGACUAGGGAAUUGCACUAUGUAUAUGCGAC